AUGCCAGGCGCACGACAAGGCAACCGUCGCAAGGAUAGAGACACCUUCGACAAACCCCAACAACGAACCCGCCAACCAGCCAGACAAGAAAAAGAAAAGCCCACCGAACGAACAACCCUGACCAAACAACCCCCUCAAAAAGAAGAACCAGACUCCGGUCCAAUCGACCUCUCAACCACAAUCCCAAUCCCCCUCCAACAACUCCUCCUCGACGUCUUCAAAACAGCCCUCCUCACCACCUCCGCCGACCCCAACAACCAAUCCGAAACCGAUGCUGAAUCAACCCCGACACCCCUGGACACAAAAACCCUCAUCCAGACGAUAAAGUCCCACUUGUACCAGCGGGACUUUGACUCGGCGUUUGCAGAGGCUGGGGAGGAAUUACUGCGUGCGUAUGCGUUGCGGUGGAGUGCUGCGCGGGCGUUGGGGUAUGCGGGGAUUUUCAAGGCUGUUUUGGGGUGGAUGAGAGAUGGAGAGGGGGAGGUGUCUUCGUCUAAGAGAGUGGUGGAUCAGAAUGGGACACGGGUUGUUUGUAUUGGGGGUGGUGCUGGGGCGGAGAUUGUUGCGCUGGCGGCGGCGUGGAGGGAUUUGGGUGGGUAUGAGGCUGGUGAUGCCGUUGCGGUGCUUGGAGAGGGUGUUAAGGGUGUUUCUUUGGAUGAGAAGGUGGCGGAUAAGGGGGAAGAGAGCGUUGCUGGACAAGGCGAUGGUGAACAGGAAAAGACUGGCUGCGCAUCACCCAAGCUCUCCGUUGCAGCGGUUGAUAUUGCGGAUUGGUCCAUCGUGAUGGACCGGUUGUCCAAGACGAUUGCUUCGUCAGAUGUCCCGACACAAAAGACCUCGAGAUUCCAACCUCCCCUCCUCCCCGGAUCUCACGGCCUCGAUAUAUCCUUCAGCCGAACGGAUGUCCUGGGUCUCCCGGAGUCCGAUCUCCAGAACCUCAUCCUGGGCGAGAAAAUCACGCCCACACCAUCCCUCCUCGUCACCCUCAUGUUCACCCUAAACGAACUUUUCACAACAAGCAUGCCCAAAACGACCGCCCUCCUGCUACACACGACAGAACUCCUCCCACCGGGAGCAGUCCUCCUUGUCGUCGACAGUCCGGGCAGCUACUCAACCCUGAAACUGGGUAAAGCUAAAGACGGGGCUGCGCAGGAACGACAGUAUCCGAUGAAGUUCCUGCUGGAUCAUACGCUGCUUUCUGUUGCGAAGGGGAAAUGGGAGCGGGUUUUGACGCAGGAUUCUAGGUGGUGGAGGCGCGAGGCGGCGAGGUUGAGGUAUGAGGUUGGGGAGGGGGCUGGGUUGGAGGAUAUGAGGUAUCAGGUUCAUGUUUAUCGGAGGGUGUAG